UACAAAUUGACGUCACGCCCGAACGGCACUAUUUCCGCCUCGUAUAAAGAGUCGAAAGUUUAAUUCCAUCACACAUGCGACGGGGGUAGUUAGUUCUUCCACGGCCUGUCAACAAUCUCACAAUGUCUGCAUGUGCACUGCGGGUGUUUCUCCAGCGAGCGGCUGCGAGGCGUGAAGCGUUCAGUCUAACGAGAGCGUUCCCUCAAAGCGUGACCGGGAGCUACACACACAGCAGACGAAUAAACACCUUAACGAACGCGCUACGGGCUGAGGAGAAGGUGACGGUUCACUUUCUGAAUCGAGAUGGAAAAAGGAUUACGGUGAAAGCUUUAACUGGAGAAUCACUACUCGAUGUUGUUGUUAACAAUGAUCUAGAUAUUGAUGGAUUUGGUGCAUGUGAGGGAACUUUAGCCUGCUCUACGUGCCACCUUAUUUUCGAGGAGGCCGUUUAUAAGAAGCUUGGAGCCGUUUCUGACGAGGAAAUGGACAUGCUGGACUUGGCUUAUGGGCUUACAGACACAUCUCGCCUGGGCUGUCAGGUGUGUUUGAGGAAGGAUCUGGACGGCAUGAUUCUGCGCGUGCCAGACGUGAUCUCUGAUGCUCGAGUUGAGAGUGAAAAAGAGUCCUCCACGGCCCCACCCAAAGUAUAAUCUAUAAAAUAAAGCCCCGGCUGUAUCUCAUAAACGCUGCAUUAUGGAGCUAUCUUUAAUAACAGGUAUUUUAAUACGUACUAUUUUAAUAGAAAACUAAAAUAUAAAUGAUAACAUUUAUCGUUUAAUAUUAUUUACAUGUUGACGUAAGUAGUUUUCAUAAUUUUGGUGAUUUGCAAUUUUUUAAUUGUGCAGAUUCUGCAAUUCUUUGUGUCACAAUGAGAGGUGGGAGCAUCUUGUUAUACAUUUUUGAAUGCGGAAUUAACUGUAACUGAUUUAUUUCAAUAAAUAUUAUGUUUAACUUUUUAA